UGAGUGAUGGACUAUCUCAAAUAGAUUAUGUUAUUGUAUACAGCAACAAAGAGGUAACGAAAAGACGUUUCUUCAAGAGAAUAUUCGAAAAUUUGUUAGCUGAUUUGGAUGGGUUCAAUGUUGAUUACGAAUUUUCAGAAAGCAUAGAUAAAGAAGACCUCCGCUGCCUAAAGAUUCAUAUACCUAGUUUUAUUUUGGAAGAAUAUGCAAAUUUACAAUAUAUAGAAAUAGGCUAUAAAAGUAAAUCACCCCAGAUUGGCGAUUAUCUUCAAUGGUGCGGUUGCAUACAUACUCCUUUAACACUUCCCAAACCUGAAAACUCAAUUUGGAAAAGAUUCAGAGAAAUUACUAGUGCUGUGGAAUCUCCCUUAACACAAGCUGAAAGAAUUCUUUUGUCCUAUAUUGCUCUAGCAAAUGUUAGAUUUGGUAAGGGCAUAGAUGAACGAGGUAUUGAAAGAAUUUUGAAUUUGGGGGUCGUCAAAGCUAUAUUUCCUCUUCAUGAGGGAAAUUCAGAGUGGACAGAAGAAGGACCUCUAACUGAAAGACAGUUACUGUCUCGAUAUUGGUCAGGACUAAGAAAUUUAGUGAAAAUACAACCGUUGAAUGCAAUUGAGAAGUAUUUUGGUCCUGAGAUGGCCUUCCUUUACUGUUAUUUGCAACUCACCAUUGAGAUGCAGUUAGUAGCUAGUGGAUUGGGGAUGUUCUUCUACAUUUUAGGAAUCUCUGUGGAAUCAAGUAGUUCGAAGGCGAUAAGGGAUUAUAUCUGCUCCAGUGAAAAGUUCAUGUGUCCCACCUGUAACCCUGAGAUUUGUGAGCCUAGACAAAUGAAAACCUACUGUGGCAUCCAUUUUAGAGUCCUUCAAACGUUUGAUAACGCCGAAAUGUUUGUGCUAGGUGUCUGCAUCUCAUUAUGGGGUACGAUUUUCAUUGAGAUAUGGAAAAGGAGGCAGAACUUGUACAGGCUGAGAUGGAAUUUGAAUGAUAUGGGAAAUGAUCUGGAAAUCAGAACAGGCUAUGAAAAGCGAGCGAAACUGCUUGUGGUAUCUCCGUUUGAGAACGAAUUAGAACCUGCCAUGUCCACACCAGAUGUAGUAGCUAGAGUCUUCCUUUCUGCCACUUCUGUUGUUUUAUUGAUCUGUUGUGUGUUCGCCCUGGAGAUUCUGGUUAUAAUGAUGAAAAUGGAGCUCAAAAUCCUAAUACAUAAGUACGAGUUGUUCGAUAUCAUCCAGCACCACGACGAUAUGAUUUGUAAAUUCGCUGGGAGCGGCGCCACUGUGGCUGUCAUCUUGAUCUACAAUGCCGUUUCGAAAUUUUUAACGGACUGGGAAAACCCCAGAACCCAAAAACAGUAUGAUAACUCAUUCAUGUUGAAGUGCUUCAUGUUUGCAUUCACAAACAACUACACAAUGAUUCUUUACAUCGCCUUUUUCAAGGGUAGAUUCUUCACGAAUCCUGGUGACGAGACAAUGUACGAUAUAAAGGGUGCCUAUAUAGCCGACACUUGUUCUUUAGGAGAUUGUAACGCCGACCUAGCUGAUCAGGUCAUAUUUAUUCUAGGAGUCAAACAUGUAUUCAAAUGUAUUGGAAAAUGUGCUUUCAAAAUAGGUAUGGUUGUUUGGAAAAAGUACAAUCGAAAAAAACAAUCCACCGAUUUGAAUUAUGAACAAUGGGAAAAAGACUAUAUACUGAAAGCCUUCCGGCGAUACGACAUCAUGAAGCAGUAUAUCGAAAUUAUUCUCCGUCAUGGUAUGGUGCUGUUCUUCACGUCUGUGUGCCCCUUUACUCCCCUUCUGACGCUCAUAGUGAACCUCUUGGAGAUGAGACUGUAUUCUUACGCCUAUACACAUUUUUAUAGGAGACCGAUACCGCGGAAAGUGGAAGGGAUUGAAAUGUUCAAUUUCAUACUGCAGGCACUCACCUGGUUUGGGGUCACCGUCAACGCUGUGUUAGCACUAAUGACGAAGAAUUUUGCGAAGAUGCACUUCUUUAUGAAAUCAGUGGACAAUAACAUAACAGCUUUUAUGGACAAAAAAUUCUCAGCUUUUUCAAUGGAGGAUUACAAGAGCCUUUUCAUAUCAGGAAUUCCUAAUAGCUACAAUUUCAGCGUCUGCUAUUACCCAGGAAAUAGAUAUCCUCCCGAACACAUUAAAAAAUACAAAGAACAUACAGAUGAUAAGGAGUACAAGUUUUUUGGAUGGGUGAUGAUUUUUUUGUACCUGCAUUUGGUUUUCGUAAUAUCAAGAUUAUUAGCACACUUCAUACCAGAUAGCUCAUCAGAAGUCAGAGAUUAUUUAAACUCGUUGCAAUCUGAAAAUAAGAAGGUCAUCAGAAAAUUUAGAAAUCAGCAGUAUCAGUCAAGAAAAAGUCUCAAUACGUUUAAACCAAAGGUUACUUUUGAAAAUGAGAGUAAAUCUGAAUGAAAACUAUUUGAUGUCUUGGACGACUCGUUUGGAUAAUUUUUUCAUUGCCAAUUAAGUGUGGCUUUCUCGGAUGAUUAUUAGUUGCUUUGUAAAUAUGUACUUAUCUAAAGAAUAUGGUUACUCAUUUGACUAUAAUCAUACUUUAUUGAUAUUUUUGCUCAUCCUUUAUCAAGACUUAAUCUAUUUUGUUGAAAAAGAGGAGAUAUUAAACAUAUGUGAAAUAUUUGCAUUUUUUAUAUUGCUUAUUCCGUUUUUGAGAUAUCUGAAAUAUUAAUUUGAAGUUUAAAACUAAUAAAAAUUUAAAAUAAUUUUUUCUCAAAUUGAAUGACAAUAUCAAACGAUUUCCUUCGUAUUUUUUAAAGAAUUUCAACUUAUAAACAGUUUAUGGACAAUUCAAAAAAUAUGCACACCCAGGUGAAUGAUAAUGAUAACCAAAAGAAAAGCAUCAAUUAUUAUUUAAUUAUUAUAAGAGUAAUGAAAAAACCAAAUAAUUCUGUGAGCUAUGUAGAUCAUUUUUGGGCAAGGCUAUGGAGGAUAGAGAUAAGGAGAACAAUUUUCCCGUUUCAAAAGUGUCCGUUGAACUGACCCAAAUUGGUGGCGCUAGUGAAGCUGGAGGGUGACACCAAACAAGAGGAAUAUCUUUUCUAUGUCUUUGACACUAAAGAUUCAAAUCUCCGAAUAGGUUAACUCGCCGUUUACUUUCAAAUAAAUUUAUGAAUUUGUAAAUCAGAAAUUAUGGCAUCAAGAUCUGAAAUGUCGCUAGCAUUUUUUGAAGGACAUGACAAGGAAAUUAAAAUAGAAAAUAAGGAAGCAGCAAUUGAAAAUAUCACGAGUGAAAAGAGAAAAUUAUUAGUGGUAUUAGUUAAUGAAAACGCAGUUAAAACACUGAUAUCAAUUCAAACAUCAUCUGUCAUUAGAAGUGAAGCUGAAACUAUUUCAUCCUAACAACAAUAGGAUUUAGUAAUCGAAUGUUCACGAAAAAUUUCCUGAGGAAUUGUUCAGAAUAUAAUCUCUGGAAAUGUAAAAUCUGAAGAUGUGGAUAUAGUUGAACAGUUCAUUGAUAAUAAUGGCGUACAUGAAAGAGAACCAUACAUUUCAGAAUAUGAAAGAAAUGAAAUCAAAAGCGUUCACAAUUUCGAUGAAACAGAACAACAUGAAGUCUCAGUGAACCAUGAAGAACCAUCAGUCCAUUUGAUAAUGAAGAAACAUAAGUGUAACUUCUGUGGGUUCACUGCAAUCUUGAAAUCAGACCUCCAAAAACAUAUAGAUUCUGUCCAUUUGAAGGAAAAAAACUACAAGUGCGACCUAUGUCAAUAUGCUUCAGCUCGUAGAGAAAAUCUCAAAGUACAUAUUGAUUCUGUUCAUUUGAAAUUAAGAAAACAUAAAUGUCACAUAUGUGAGUAUGCUUCGACUUUGAAAGUGGUCCUCAAAAGACAUAUAGAUUCAGUUCAUUUGAAUAAAAAAGAACAUAAAUGUCCGUUAUGUCAUUAUGCUACAAACUUGUCAUCAGUCCUCAAAAUACAUAUAGAUUCUGUUCAUGUGGACAAAAAAAAAUAUAAUUGUCACUUUUGCGAUUUUGGUUCACCUCUUAAAGGAGUUUUGAAAAAACAUUUAGAUUGUGUUCAUUUGAAAAAAAGAGAACAUAAGUGCAACUUAUGUGAGUAUGCUGCAAGCCAAAAAGUGGAUCUUAAAAAACAUAUAGAUGCUAUUCACUACAAUAAAAAAAAUUAUAUUUGUCACUUGUGUGAACACGCUACAAACCAUAAGACGGAUCUCAAGAAACAUAUUGCUAAUAUUCAUUUGAAUAAAAAAGAACAUGUUUGUCACUUAUGUGAGUAUGCUACAAACUACAAAAAAUCUCUCCAAAACCAUAUAGACUCAGUCCACUUGAAUGAGUGUAAAUAUAAAUGUCACUUAUGUCAGUAUGCUACAACAAGAAAAACCAGACUAGAGAACCACAUUGUUUCAAUUCAUUUGAAUGAGAAAAAACACAAAUGUCACUUAUGUGAGUAUACUGCGAACCAAAAAGUGAGUCUCCAAAACCACAUAGAUUCAGUCCAUUUUAAUAAAAAAGAACAUAAGUGUCACUUAUGUGAGUUUGCUUCAAUCUAUAAAAUGAACCUUCAAAACCAUAUAAAUUCAAUCCAUUUGAAUAAAAGAGAAUAUAAAUGUCACUUAUGUGGGUAUGAUACAGCUUUCAAAGGAAACCUUGUAAAACAUAUAAAUUCUAAGCAUUUGAACAAAAAAAAAUUUGAGUGUCACUUGUGUGAAUACGCUUCAGCUAAUAAAGGGAACCUCAAUAAACAUGUAUAUUGUGUCCAUUUGAAACAAUGACAACAUAAGUGUCCCUUAUGCGAGUAUGCUGCGAACCUGAAAAAAAUCCCCAAAGCCCAUAUAGAUUGAACUCAUUUAAAUAAAAAAGAACUUUAGGGUCAUUUAUGUGAGUGCCGGCAAACAAGAAGAAUACCCUCAAAAUAAAGAAACCAUAUACAUGUCCCAUAUGUGAAUAUGCUACCAACCUGAAAGGAAACCUCAAAAUGCAUAUAUGUAUAUGCUAAUCAUUUGAAUAAAAAUGAGCAUAGGUGCCACUUAUGUGUAUAUGCUGCAAGCUAGAAAGGAAUCUUAAAACUCAUAAUAUGCAUUUGCAAAAAAAAAAUCAAAAUCCGAACUCAUUGUAUUCAAUGAAAAAAUAGGACAAGACUUACAAAUGUAAGUUUCAGCAAUAAAAGUGAAUUUCAUUUUUUUUUAUCGUGUAUUGUUAGCUUUUUUAUAUAAUUGUCAUAUACAAAUCAGAGCUACUCUUAUUUGUUUAAUUUUUUGGAACCUUUUUACUUUUUUUAUUCAUUUUAAAUGAUGCAUUAAUUUGAGAAAUUAAACCUGAAAUUAUAUACAUA